AUGGUUGGAAAUAAUAUUAUGAAGAAAGUGAAGUAUAAUUCGGAAGUAGAACAAUCAAAUUUAAAUCCAAGAAUAGUAUGUGAUGAUCCAUUAGAAAAAUUACUCGAUUGGCCUUCGUUAGACUCUAAAUAUACUGAAAGCGAAAUCAUGAACCAUAUUUUGGAAAACGAUAAUAUAGAAAUAAGAAAAAAUCGUGAUUUAAUUGAUUACUUAGAAGUUUUGUUUAAACCAAAAAUGUUUAAAGAGUACUUCUUAAUAACUAAAAGUAAUUUCAUAUUUGUUGAUUAUGGAGAAUUUGAUAGACUGUUUAAUUCACUUUUAAUAAGUAUGCCAGUAAAAGUAAAAGAUAAUGAAGCUGAAAACAAAGUUAGUGACAUAAAAGCUGUGAUCAAUAAAAUAUACAACACUCAUCCAACAAUUAUUGAAAAUGAUGAUUUAGCAAUAGAAGAUAUUUAUGAAAAAAAUCUAGCUCAAUUGUUGAAAGAACCCACAGUUAAAAAAGAACACUUUUCACUAGAAAAUAUUAAAAUAGUAAAUUUUUUAAUCAAAUGUGUAAAUCCUAUAUUGAUAAAUGGAGUAUUGGAAAUUAUGAAAAAUACACCCAAGGAUCCUAUUGAUUUUUUGGUAGAAUAUAUUUAUAAGCAUAAUGAUAAUAUGUACAAUCCAUGUGUUUCUUCACCACCAUCGAAUAAAAAACCAAAAGUAGCUAACAGCCUCAACAAACACCUGUUGUGA